AUGCGUGGUGCGAGAUGUGCGCAAAAGGGCAAAAGGGGGGGCUCGAGGGUCGAGGAUCGAGGGUCGAGGUGGAAGCCCCUGGGGUGCGUCAGGCUGUUUCAGAAGCGGCGGAGGCGCGUGGUUGCGAACAGGGGAGACUGGACGGCAAAGUGUGGAUGA